AUGCUGACCAGUUCGAUGAAUAGUAUUCUCUGGAACAAUCUGAUUGUACGAAACGACAACCAUGAACAUGAGUCAUUUAACAUCCCUGGUACUGACCGUGGAUAUACAGAUGAUAAUGAACAUCAAACUAAUGAUUCUCACCAUCACCAUGAUGAUGACACAAUAGCAAAUCAGUUGAAGAAGAAAGUACGAAAUUCCAAAAUAUGUCGAGCCGAUGGUGGUGCUGAAGAUGUUGAAAUGGGGAGCUGUUUACAAAAACUGAAUGUUACUGCUGGGAAAACUGUAGACAGUUUAGGACGAUCACGAUUCCAUUGUUUCAACCCAGGAACCCAUCUUCAUGGAGGAUAUCCAAGUUGGUUUUACUCUUAUGAUUCAAAUGGAGCAAGAUCGGGAAUCAACAAUAUCAUCCGUUGUGAAUUCUUUCAAUGUCUUCCACAAGAAAAAGACAAUUGGCGUCUAUCUUGUUGUGGUAGGCGCUCACGUAAACAGCCUUUUGUCGGAUGCAAGAAGGCAUGCUCUUCUUACAAAUUCAAUAUAUCCACUAUCUCUCCUUAUGAAACGACUGAGUUUUCCUUCCUUGACCCAUUCACACUGUCCAUAUCUAUCUAUCUAUCUAUCUAUCUAUCUAUCUAUCUAUCUAUGUAUGUAUAUGCGUGUGUGUGUGUGCCUGCGAACGUGUAA